UCCAGGCUAAUCUCAAGUAAUCUAAUAGCAAUGUCUAGAUCUACAUCUAGAUCUAAAUCUAAGCAUAAUCAAAUGUGAUGAAAAUGCCAGAUCACGAAGCAACUUACGAUGUUAUUUUUGUAUUUGGACCUCCAGUACCGAACAAAGAAAAGUAUUUGCCACCUACCUCGCUUGCACCUUCUCAUAAGAUACUUUGCUUGGAAAAUAUUUUUCAAGAGAAUCCUAGUUUUGGUUUGAGAGAUAUUGCUCUUCUAACAGUGGCCAAUCUUAAGAAGCACAAUCAAGUUUUGUUGAUAGAUGACUUUCGACUUCGAGCAACACGUGACAGUCUUAUCAAAAUUAUUAGCAGAAAGAUCCCAUCAUGCAGAGUGCAGCUGGUUCAAGUUUUGCCUCUAUAUGGCUACCAGCAAUUGAUGUGGCAGUGGCAAUUCGCGUAUGCUGAUGGCUACACCGCUGUUCUCAAAGAUGAAUCUAUUGUAAAAAAUUGGUUUGAUGUGUCUACGGACAACAUUGACUAUGAGUCUGGUUAUGUAGCGAAACCUUCUGAAGAUGAGAAGUUGAAUAAAAUGACAGUAAAUUACCCAUUAGAGAUAGAGACUGCAUACAAGCUCAGUAUUCCAGUUUUAUUUAUUCAAUGGCAGUCUGAACUAUUCAAUAAUGAGGAGAAUAAGCUUCAAUUAAUGACCAUAUGUUCCAAAUGGAUAUCCCAUUAUACAGUGGGAAGAGUUAUUUUCAUCUGUGAUAGUUUCAGAAAGACUGGAGAUGUAUCAUUUGAAUUUUUCAAGGUUAAAGAAUUUAUCAAAUGGCUUUCUUUAAAGAUCAAUACUCCAGUUUAUGCUGCACAGCUUGACCCACUUUCAAGCCAAGGAAGUUUUUGUCUUCCACCCAGUCCAGGAAUCAUUGCAUUUUUAUAUCAAAGGCACUCUCUAAAUCUACAGUCCAAGGGAACAUGUUAUAUUUAUGAAACUUAUGAUCACAUGCAAAUGGCCCAGUCUGCUGGUAUUCGAAAUAUAAAGAUGUCUACUUUCAUAGACUCUUGUGACAUAUUAACAACAUUGCAGAUGCUUGGUGCCACACCUGCAGUACCAAAGUUUUUAAGAAGAAUAAAAGUCCAGGAAACAAGUCUGAAUGCAUGUUCCAAACUUUUUGUUCCAUUUUACGAGCAGAGACUUGCGAUAACUGAUGGAUGUUAUACUCAGAAUUGUCCACAAGGAAUUCAGGAGCAUAUUUUUGUUCAAGAUCUUGACACUUUCUGCAAAUAUCAGAAGGAGUUUGUUAAUCAAAUACAAUCCAGAAGUACAAGAAGUGAUGCCAAGAAUUGUAAAACUAAACCACUGAUGGCAGAAAGAUUAGCAAGUUCAGAUCAAAGAUUACCCAUUUGGAUGAAACCAAAAACACAUUCUGAAUCUUCAGGGGAUACAUUGAAAAGAAAACAUACAGCAAGUUUAGAAUCUCAUUACAGGUCUUCAAAAACAGUUUAUUUCUUGACAGAAAGUGAGUUAAUGGAAGCUGCAAAUAAUGUUUUGGUCCAGGUUGAUGAGGACCAAAAUUUAUAAAUAGGUUUAGAAUUGCAUUACAACAAAAAUACAAUUCAGAUGUGCUAUAUACAAAGAAGAGGUAUUUUUGUAUACCUAAUGAGUUACAAAAUGAUUCAAACAAAGC